UAACUUAGUCAUUACUUGCUGUUUAGUUGAAUAGGUCAGUGAGAUAGAGUGAAAUUCUGAAAAUAGAAUAACCGAGUUUGAUAUAGUUACUAUUAUAAUAAAUGCAUUUCAAUCAAUUUUAAAUAUAUUUUUUAGUGUAUAAUAACGGUAUUGUAAUUUGUUUAAUUCAAAAGUAUUAAAAUAGCAAAAUGGAAGGCGAUAGCUCCGAUUCAUCAAACACUAAAUCAAUUCCUGGUAUUCCUAAAGCUGUUUUUGUAGAUAAUGUAGACGAGUUCAUGAAUUUGCCAGAAAAUUCUGGUGGAGUUGAGAAAGUACUAAGAAGGCUUGAUGAACAACAUGGUAAAUACAAGUUUAUGGAAUAUACAUUGGCAACUAAGAGACGACGUCUUAGACAACAAAUUCCAGAUUUAGCUAGGUCACUUGAAAUGAUUGAAAAAUUAAAAAUGCAAAAAACAGAUAUGGAAACUAAAUUUCUGCUCAGCGAUCAAGUAUUUGUUAAGGCAAAUGUCCCAGCAACAAAUAUUGUAUAUUUGUGGCUUGGAGCAAAUGUUAUGUUGGAAUACUCUUUGGAUGAUGCUGAAAAAUUGCUAACAUCAAAUAUGGCAACAGCAAAAAAAAAUUUGGAAUGUAUUGAACAUGACUUAGAUUUCUUACGUGAUCAAUGGACAACAACUGAAGUUAAUAUGGCUAGAGUAUAUAAUUGGGAUGUAAAGAGAAGACAGGCUGCAAAAGCAUCUAGUUAAUUGAUGUUGUAUUAUUUUGCAUUGAGCUUAUACUCUUCUCUCACUAUUGUAUUAAAUAUUUUGAUGAUAGUAAUAUGUUAAUAUUUUCGCAUGCCUUUAUGUUAAUAAUUAUCACAUUUAAAUGCAAGUAACAAGCAUAUGAUACUUUAGAAUUGCUUUUAGUUAUAUUUAUAUUAAUGUUGUACCUACACUAAAUAUAGAAAAUAAAUGUGGUAUCUUUUUAAAAAAUA